AUGAUCAAAAAUGCCACGAUUAGAGGUGCCAGGCACAGCAUACAACGAGCUCUCGUGCCUAGGAGGUAUAAGCACAAUGUAAUUGGGAUUGACUUGGGAACAACAAACUCGGCCGUGGCGGUGGUUGGUUCAGACAACGAGCCCCACGUAUUGGAAAAUGACGAAGGCAAGAGAACCACGCCGUCCGUCGUGGUGCUUGAGGACAACAACCACAAGACGUUGGUCGGCUUGCCGGCAAAGCGGCAGGCGCUACUAAACCCCCGCAACACCUUCUUUGCAACAAAGAGGCUCAUUGGCAGGAAAUUCGAAGAUCCCGAAGUGCAACGAGACAUUCGAAAUGUCCCCUACAAGAUCGUACCCGACAAGCAGGGAGACGCCGCGCUACAGACGUCGGCGGGACGCAACAUCAGCCCCUCGGAGAUUGGCGGGUUGAUCUUGGAGAAAAUGCGCGAGAUUGCAUCGAGUCAGUUGAAGGAACAAAUCACAGAGGCCGUGGUUACCGUGCCGGCGUAUUUCAACGAUAGUCAAAGGCAAGCGACUAAGAACUCGGGCAAGUUGGUGGGGCUCAAUGUGCUUCGCGUGAUCAACGAGCCCACGGCGGCCGCGUUGGCUUACGGGUGCGACAAGACGAGAAAGGAGGGCGUCGUGGCUGUGUUUGACUUUGGAGGUGGCACGUUUGACGUGUCGAUCUUGGACAUUGAAGAUGGCGUGUUUGAAGUUCGAGCUACUAAUGGCAACACGCAUUUGGGAGGGGAAGACUUUGACAUUGUUUUACUACAUCAUAUCCUUGCCUCAGUGAAAAAUCAAACUAACGGUGUUGAUUUGUCACAGGACCAUUUGGCGGUGCAGAGGCUUCGGGAAGCUGCUGAACAGGCCAAAAUCGAACUUUCAACCGCUGACAAAGCCGAGAUUAAGAUCCCAUUUGUCCGCGAUAAUGUCCAUGUCGAUAUGACCAUUACUCGAGACGAGUUUGAUGCAAUGACGAUGCCGUUGAUUGAAAAAGUCAUUGACCCCGUCAAGAGAUGCGUUCGCGAUGCCGAGUUGAAAAUGAAGGACAUCGACGAAGUGCUCUUGGUUGGUGGCAUGACGAGAAUGCCCAAGAUCCGCCAAGUGGUGGCUGAACUAUUUGGCAAGGAGCCGAGCACCGCGGUCAACCCCGACGAGGCCGUGGCAUUGGGCGCGGCAAUCCAAGGCGCAAUCUUGUCGGGCCAGGUCAAGAACGUAGUGUUGCUCGACGUGACCCCCUUGUCGCUCGGUAUCGAGACGUACGGAGGCAUAUUCAGCCCUUUGAUUCCACGAAACUCGGCGGUGCCCAUCAAGAAGGAGCAGAUCUUCUCCACUGCCGUUGAUGGCCAAACUGGGGUCGAGAUUCGCGUUUACCAGGGAGAACGAAUGUUGGUCAAGGACAAUAAGCUUAUUGGCCACUUUAAAUUGGCCAAUAUCCCCCAGGGCCCCAAGGGCACCCCCCAGAUUGCUGUCGAGUUUGAAAUCGAUGCCGAUGGCAUCAUCAGCGUGAGCGCGAGUGACAAGACCCCUUAUCCGCUGGACUCGCCCCAUUAUGGCAAGCCCAACUCCGUCUCGAUCCAAGUCACCGAAGUGGGAUUAUCCGACUCCGAGGUGGAAAAGAUGAUUGAAGAGAGCGAGCGGAACAAGAACUUGGACGAAGAGAUGCGCCGGUACUACGAACAUGCUUCACGAGCCGAUAUCUUGGUCAAGGAUACCGAGAUUGCCCUUAUACAAUUUGGCGAACAGAUGGAAGAAGCGGAAAGGAACGAGGUUAAAGCUGAGACGGACAAGAUCAAACGCAUGGUAGAGGACAUUAGAAGCGGGGCCAAGCUACACGAUCCAAAGUUGUUGACCCAGGCGCUCAAUGAGAUGCAGCAGAAAUGCAUGAAUGCCAUCAAGAAAAUCGCAGAGAAACAACAGAAAGGCGUCUAG